CUUCCAACCAUGCCAGGGGGAGGGGGGUUCUAGACCAGAGUUGGCCUUGGCGUCCCAAGCCGAAGGCUGAGCCUGAGCCUGAGCCUGAGCCUAAGCCCAAGCCUGCCUUGUGCCGAGCUGCGGGGAAGGACCAACUCGGGGCGCCCCCUCGUGUGCAGGAAGCCUCGAAGGCUCCUGUGCUCCUUCUGUAUGCAGCCUGUGGCAAGGGUUCGGCUGAGAUGCACAAGACAAGGAAGGGAAGAUCGAAUUUGCAUGAGCCAUGAACCCCCAAGACUCCGUGACGGUCCCAACUCCCGAGUCUCGAGUGGUCUCCAUCAUUUUCAUCCCACCACUGCUGUCGCUGUAGACAUUCCCCACAGAUCGCCCGAGUUCGUGCCAUAAGCCUACCUUAUUUGUUCGAGAGUGACGUUGAAGAGCCUCAAGAUUGCGAUCCGAUCUAUUUAGGAAGCCGUCCGUUGACGCUGGAUAAAGUCGUCGGCGGCAGUGGUGGUCAAGCAAGCAGAGCAGCGCAUGUGAAGGGGCAGGGCUGCCGAUGAGCACAUCCGGCCACAACCUCAUGCCUGCUUGCCAAUUGUGCGGAGGUCUUCACGAUCGCCGUGAUCAAGCAGAGGGAGUUCGUGAAACAGCUGCAUCUUCCGUGUCCACCCGACCUUCCAACUCAGCUCGCCCGUGUUGUUUUCGGUCGAGACCCAGUUGACAAGGACGACGAGGAUGGCUCGCGUUCGUGAUUCGCUCAGACUCCUCCACCUCGGGUCCUUAACCCCCAGAGUCAAUCUUCCCCACCACUUCCACCACUGCCUGCUAUCAUCAACCCGUAGCAACAGCCAGACCAGUGCCCGCAAGACCCGCAAUCACAGCCGGACCUUCAAAAUGUCGAAGCCCUCGCCCUACUUAAAUAACUCUGCCGACCCCAUCGAGAGAACUUCCUCUCCCUAUCCAGAUCCCCGCGAACUUGGCCCCAAAUCCAAAAUCCUCGCAACCCGCACUGGCAACUAUCACAGCACCAGCUUAAGAAACAUGGUUACUAUCAAUACUGUCAAUAAGACGGCUCUUCACCCCGGUGGAGUACAGCCUGUCAAGGAGCAUACAGAGCUGGAAGAAGAGUUGCACGAGAAGGCACAUAUCGAUUAUGAUCGAGUAGCUAUCGUUCCCAACCCGAGUGUCGCUGCCCUUUACGAAGAUGCCCUCGUCUACGAAACUGGCUCUGCCAUCACAUCUACCGGUGCCCUCACAGCAUAUUCAGGAGCAAAGACUGGUCGAUCACCCCUAGACAAACGAAUUGUCAAGGAGCCCAGCUCAGAAAAUGAGAUCUGGUGGGGACCUGUUAACAAGGCAAUGACACCUGACGUCUGGAGAAUUAACAGAGAACGUGCUAUCGAUUACCUGAACACUAGAAACCGUAUCUAUGUUGUCGACGGAUUUGCAGGAUGGGACAAGAAGUACCAAAUCAAAGUCCGAGUUGUCUGCGCCCGUGCCUACCAUGCUCUGUUCAUGAGGAAUAUGCUCAUCCGACCUGAUCGUAAAGAUCUUGAGCAUUUCCACCCAGACUACACUAUCUACAAUGCCGGAUCCUUCCCAGCGAACAGAUAUACCGAGGGCAUGACCUCUGGUACCUCAGUUGCGAUCAACUUCGCAGACAAGGAGAUGGUUAUUCUGGGUACCGAGUACGCUGGGGAGAUGAAGAAGGGAGUUUUCACAGUCCUCUUCUACGAGAUGCCUGUCAAGCACAACGUUCUUACUCUGCACUCCUCCGCGAAUGAAGGCAAAGAUGGAGACGUCACUGUUUUCUUCGGUUUGUCAGGAACUGGAAAAACAACCUUGUCCGCAGACCCCAAUCGUGCUUUGAUCGGUGACGACGAACACUGCUGGAGUGAUCGUGGUGUUUUCAACAUUGAGGGUGGUUGCUACGCGAAAUGUAUCGGUCUCUCAGCCGAGAAGGAACCAGAUAUUUUCGGUGCCAUCAAGUUCGGUUCGGUUCUCGAGAACGUUGUUUUCAGCCCCGAGACCCGUCUCGUUGAUUAUGAUGACUCGACUCUUACCGAGAACACUCGUUGCGCAUACCCCAUCGAAUACAUCGAGAACGCCAAGAUCCCAUGUUUGUCAGAAAACCACCCCAGCAACAUCAUCCUCCUCACUUGCGAUGCCCGUGGUGUGUUGCCACCAAUCUCGAAACUUAAUUCCGCCCAAACUAUGUUCCAUUUCAUCUCCGGUUAUACCUCGAAGAUGGCUGGUACCGAAGAUGGUGUCACUGAGCCACAAGCUACCUUCUCUUCUUGCUUCGCACAACCUUUCCUGGCCCUUCACCCAAUGAGAUAUGCCAAGAUGUUGGCUGACAAGAUUGAGCACCACAAGGCUAACGCCUGGCUGUUGAACACCGGAUGGGUUGGAGCCGGUGCUACCACCGGUGGAAAGCGUUGCCCAUUGAAGUACACUCGUGCCAUUCUCGACGCGAUCCACUCCGGCGAGCUCGCCAAGGUCGAGUACGAGAAUUACGAGACCUUCAACCUUGCUGUACCUAAGACUUGCUCCAACGUUCCUUCAGAACUUCUGAACCCAAGCAACGCAUGGAGUCAAGGACACGAAAGCUUCAAGCAGGAGGUAACGAAGCUCGGUGGUCUUUUCGUUGAGAACUUCAAGAAGUACUCCGAUGAGGCUACAGAGGAUGUGAUCAAGGCCGGCCCAGCGGUGUAGGUUAUGGAUAUUCCCCCGGUUCGCGGAACGAUUGGAUUCAUCAAACUUUAAUAAAUUGCAUGGCGUCACCCGAUGUUGUUUAGCACAAGCAAACAACAUAAGAAUACAAAAACAUUGUAAAACUGAUCACUUGUCUACAUGCUUGGUUGUGACAUGAUAAUCCGAUAGAUUAAAACCCGGCUCCAUAACGUCCCAGUAUAUUAUUUGCGGCUGAGCGGAUAUCGGAACCUUUCAAUUGGGAAUGAAGCAU